AUGUGUGAGACAUUACUUCUUAAAAAACAAAAUCCAUUAAGAGAAUUCACUCUUCCGGCUGAGAUCAAAUAUAUAGAUGAUGAAAACUCACAACGAAAGACUCCACUCUAUAAGCGUCUUCCCGUCCUCAGAAAAUCACGAGAAAAUAGAAACAACUUUACACUCCAACAGACCUUCUGUAUCUGUUUACUCUCUCCCUUCUGUAAAAUUACUUUAAAGAAACCUUCAAGACGAUCUUCUGUGACGGAACAAUUCUUUAGAAUUGGAAAUAUUUACUUUGCAGAUAACUCAGAGACAGAGGUGAAUGCCUUUUUGAAGAAAAGAUGCGAUGAGAUGUAUGCGACAGAUGUGAUCAGUGGAGUGCCUGAAAAGACAGCUAUGAGGAGAUAUCAAAACAAUAAGAAGAUUGAAAUGAUCCACUUCCUCUCGGAUUUGGUCUUUUUCAAUGGCUAUAAUCUGACAUACUCAGGAAAACAAGGGAAAAUCACAAACACUCUUGAGAACAUUGAUAGAGCAGAGUGGAACGGGUUCUCUCUUAAAUUUGAUGUGAUUAUCCCAAAAUUGAUCGAAGCUAAUCAUUUACUAUUGGAAAAGGUUAAUCAUUCCGAAGGUGAUUAUAUCGUUGACUCCAAAAUAUUCAAUGGAAACUUCCUCUAUUCCGCUUGA